UUGUUUGCAAGGCACAAGGUGUCUUUUGGUAGUGAGUGCCCUCUGCGCAUGCGCAGGUCCAUUCCGGGGGAAUUACUGCCCAGCCGCGGACUUAAGUUGCAUUCCUUGAAUCUUCGCCGAGGAAAAGACGAUCCUUGCAUCGGAGUUAGUGAUGUGGACAGUGCAAAACCGAGAGAGUCUGGGGCUCUUGUCUUUCCCGGUGAUGAUCGCCAUGGUCUGUUGUGCACACAGCGCCAACGAACCCAGCAACAUGUCCUACGUGAAAGAGACAGUGGACAGAUUGCUCAAAGGAUAUGACAUUCGCUUGCGGCCGGACUUUGGAGGGCCCCCCGUGGAUGUCGGGAUGCGGAUCGAUGUGGCCAGCAUAGACAUGGUUUCCGAAGUGAACAUGGAUUAUACACUCACGAUGUAUUUCCAGCAGUCUUGGAAGGACAAAAGACUCUCAUAUUCUGGAAUCCCUCUAAACCUGACCCUUGACAACAGGGUGGCUGACCAACUCUGGGUGCCGGAUACUUACUUUCUGAAUGACAAGAAGUCAUUUGUGCACGGGGUCACAGUGAAAAAUCGAAUGAUCAGACUGCAUCCUGACGGAACAGUACUCUAUGGGCUCCGAAUCACAACCACCGCUGCGUGCAUGAUGGACCUCCGAAGAUACCCUCUGGAUGAGCAGAACUGCACCCUGGAGAUUGAAAGUUAUGGCUAUACCACUGAUGACAUUGAGUUUUACUGGAAUGGAGGAGAGGGAGCCGUCACUGGGGUUAAUAAGAUCGAGCUUCCUCAGUUUUCAAUUGUUGACUACAAGAUGGUGUCCAAGAAGGUGGAGUUCACAACAGGGGCAUAUCCACGGCUAUCACUAAGUUUUCGUCUGAAGAGAAACAUUGGUUACUUCAUUCUGCAAACCUACAUGCCUUCCACGUUGAUCACCAUUCUGUCCUGGGUGUCAUUUUGGAUCAACUAUGAUGCAUCUGCAGCCAGAGUCGCACUAGGCAUUACCACGGUGCUGACGAUGACCACCAUCAGCACCCACCUCAGGGAGACACUGCCAAAGAUCCCUUACGUCAAAGCAAUCGAUAUCUAUCUGAUGGGCUGUUUCGUGUUUGUGUUCCUGGCUCUGCUGGAAUACGCCUUUGUAAACUACAUCUUCUUUGGAAAAGGCCCUCAGAAGAAGGGAGCCAGCAAGCAAGACCAGAGUGCCAAUGAAAAGAACAAGCUAGAGAUGAAUAAAGUCCAGGUGGACUCCCACGGCAACAUCCUGCUGAGCACCCUGGAGAUCAGGAACGAGACGAGCGGCUCCGAGGUGCUCACGGGCGUGAGCGAGCCCAAGGCCACCAUGUACUCGUACGACAGCGCCAGCAUCCAGUACCGCAAGCCGCUGAGCAGCCGCGAGGGCUUCGGGCGCGGCCUGGACCGCCACGGCGCCCCGGCCCCGGGCAAGGGGCGCAUCCGCAGGCGCGCCUCGCAGCUCAAAGUCAAAAUCCCAGACUUGACUGACGUCAACUCCAUAGACAAGUGGUCCCGAAUGUUCUUCCCCAUCACCUUCUCUCUUUUUAAUGUCGUCUAUUGGCUUUAUUAUGUACAUUAAGGUCUGUCCCAGAGGUUCGAUUUUCCUCUUUGUAAGCUCACAGGUCACCAACAGCGAGACUGCUGUUCCUGGGUGGAUUUUUUUGUUUGUUUGUUUUGUUUGUAGUU